AUGUCAGGCUCUGGAUCUGGACCUGGGUCCGACUACGAUGAGGGGGAGUUGGUGGAGCCCUGUGAGGAGGAUGCCCAGUCCUCCUACUCCCAGGAGGUGGGGCAACGCGAGCGCUAUCCCCUGGAUCGUUUCUCGCAUUUGACCGCAUCGGCUGUGGUCAGGAUGCGUAUGGCGAUGCCGGUCCAGCCCGCCUCGCCUCCGGUGGACUAUUUACAGUCCCUCGCUCCCUCCCCCCGGCGACGCAGACGCGAGGUGGUCGCUCCCAGGAUGGAACCGCUGCUGCAUUAUGCCAGCCCUGGCACAGCAUCUCCGUCCUCCGCGGGCUCCUCGUCCCACGGCACGGCGUCCGGGUUAUGCGGAGCGAAGAACCCGUGA